AUGGUUGAAUUUAUUAACAGUAUACCACGGAUUGAAUCACAUUAUUUAAGGGCAUCGACAUCAAGAGAAUACAUAAGUGGAUCUAAAAGUAUUUCUGAUUUGUUUAGAGAUUUCCAAGAGCAGCAGAAUAAUAAAUCUCGACAGUCAGGAAAGUUUCAUUUGUUUUAUGAGAUUUUCACUACCCAAUUUAAUAUAGGAUUCUUUCAACCUGAAAAAGAUCAAUGUGAUCUUUGUUUGCAAUAUAAAAACUCUACGGCUGAUCAGAGGCUAGCCCUCAAACAAAAAUAUGAUACUCACCUAGAAGAGAAAGCUUUAAGCCGGGAAAAGAAAAAGAAAGAUCGGAUGAAUGUUGACGAGUUUCAUUUAUGCGUUUGCUACGAUGUUCACGCUAUUAUGCAAAGCCCUAAUGGAGACACAUCGUCGUUUUACUAUAAAUCCAAAUUGAACAGCCAACAUUUUACUUUGACUGAAUUGAAUAAAUUAAAAGAGAAUAAAUCUGAAGAGGAUUUCAAAAAUUAUGGUGACGUGCAUUGCUACUUCUGGGAUGAAACACAGGGAAAUAGAGGUGCAGUGGAGAUUGGAAGUUGCGUUCUGGAUUAUUUAAAGAAUGUUUGUGAAUAUGCCGGCGAUCGAGAUAUUAAUGUUAUAUGA